CUUUUCAUCUUAUCGCAAUUUCAGCUUCGAGGCCUUUUCUUCGCUCUUUCGGUCUCUCCUUCCCCUCUCUCCUCUUUGCAAAUUUCUUUACUUAUAAGGCUUCUCAUAUUCAAAGGAUUUUUUAUUUUAUUUUUCAGAAUUCUUCGAAAGCGGAAAGCCUACCUUUUUUGUUUUUCAGGAAGAGCUGAUCCUCUUUUGCUUUUAUAUCUUAUACCUUUUUAUUAUAAUUCCUCUUUGGCGGUGUUUUGUUUUCUCCAAUUAUCUCUACAGCAAAUCUUCUUAGAUAUCAGGCUUGCUUGAGUAGAUGAAUGGGUGUUUGAGGAGGAGGGAAUGGCAUUAAUAGCCCAUCAGACGCAGGGUUCCUGUGCAACCUUUUCCUCAACGCCUAUCUUGCGGACCAAAGGAGUGAGGUUGAAACCUUUUGUAGCUCUUCAGUUGGGUGGGAGAUUAGCUGGAUGGACCUCUUCGAAGCACCGUCUCCGUUUAAGCGUAGGGACCUCUCGUGUUCAUGGACCAGUCAUACCAGUUGGAAGACCUUUAAAGAUCCAAGCUUUCAAAGGCAGUGCCCAGAAUGAUGAAUCAGGAAGCAGAUCAAGUGGAUAUAAAUUGCCAAAGGAUUCUGUUAAACUCUCCUAUGUACCACAUAAGGGUGAAGAAACUGCAACAGAUUCUCUAGAUGUAAAGAAUGUCUAUGCUUCAGAAGGAGAUGAAACUUCACUAGGAUCUGUAGCUAUUCAGAAGUUAUUUAAGAAAUGGUUGAUGAUUUUGCGCACACAAUCUUCUACUCCAGCAACUAAUGGAAUUUUGGGUGAGGGACCAUCUGAGAGUAAAAUUUCAGAACAUCAAAGUGAGGGCCAGACGCAGGUAGCAGUGAAGAUUGUGAAGGCAGCCUGGUGUUACUUUCUGGGACUGGAUGCAACGAUAAAGAUUCCACUACUGAUAUUCAUACCUUGGUACAUGGCAGUUAAUAUUGUUUAUGGGUCCGGUGUUUCAAGGGAGUUGCGACCUUUGUGGAUCCUUGGGCCACUGAUCAUGGCUCUCUACAUUAAGCUGCUCCAGGGGCUCUGUGCUCUCUAUGUCUUCACUUUUAAGCAGACAAUGAUUGCGGUGAAGAACAUGCCAACCAACUGUGUACUAGCUUACAACUAUAUGGCCCAAGGGAAGUUCAAGGAAGACAUACGGGCCCGUUUCUGGCAACCUGUGGUUGACUUUAAGAACUUGGACUACAAAGCAUUGUCUAAGAGGAAACUGAAAGAGUUAGAAGAGUGGGUGGGUGAGAAGUACCUGGAUUAUGUAGAGUCAAUAUGGCCAUUCUAUUGCAGAACAAUCAGGUUUCUAAAAAAGGCGAAUCUCAUUUAGAUAAUGAGAUUGUGGGAUAAGCAAUCAGGUUUUGGAAGAGUAAUCAUCCACAGAUUGUGAGAUUUUAUUGCCAAGGACAAUUCUUUGCUACACGGAAGGUAAUGAAAUAGGAGCUUCAAUCAGCAGUUUUUUUUUUUUCUUACCAUUUAGUUGAAUUGUUCCCCAGGGAAGAUAGAGCUUGGUGUAUCAGACUGAAGAAACAGUCUGCUCACUUGGGUAUGGUAUGGUAUGGUAUGUAAAAUUUUUAAAGCACUGUGACUUUUAUCUUCCCAAUAGCUAUUUUAUUAUUAUUAUUAUUAUUAUUAUAAUUACUUUUUUCUCUGAA